UCUCUGGUUCUGUACACGUACCCAUGAUGCAUCUACCAUGUACCUACAUCUUGCCGUGGUUGUAUGUACGCCCGUCGUCGACUCUGUCAAUUGGUAUUAUCCACGCGCCCAGCCCGGAGCACCGGCAGCGCAAACCUUGAGGCCUGGUCAUCAUCAUCCUUCAGCCCUGGCUCCGUCUUCACCCAAUCCGAUUGCGACCCCGCCAACUCCAGAGCCUCUGCUGCUCUGUCAGCCGCACUUCUUACUGUGCUGCCCGUACUGUACUUAGUCUACUGCAGUGUGCAUACUUCCUACACACUAUACCGCCACACUUGCCCGCUCCCUCUUCUCACCCUCCCACACCUCCAACGCCCUUCAGCAAGCUCUCCCACCGCGGCUUAUAUCAUAACCUCACUUCCAUCUGCUCGUCAGAGCGCUGAUCCUGACCUCGGCUCACCCCCUCGCCUUCUGAUCGACACUUGGACACGCACGCACACUAUCCAGUACACGACGCUACACGCCGCCACGCGACGACACACGAAACCGCCGGCAUCAUGUCCUACUAUCCGGGCCAAGGUUACCACGGUGGUGGUGGCCAGCAGCAGCAGCAGCAAGGCUACGGUGGGCCUCCGCCUCAGGGCUACCCGCCCCAAGGAUAUCCUCCGCAAGGCUAUCCACCGCAACAGAACUAUGGGCCUCCUCCGCCACAGCAAGGAUAUGGGUAUCAACCUUCGCCUUCUCCCCAACCUCCUUACGGCGGCGGCGGCUACCAACAAACCCCUCCCCCACAGCAAUACGGUUAUGGUCAGGGCCCGCCACCGCAACAGUACGGCGGCGGUUACGGAGCACCACCACCGCAAAACCACGGUCCUCCGCGACAACAAUCGUAUGGUGGUCCACCAGGUACGCCUUGAACGUGCCUUCACGCGCUGGAUCAAGCUGACAAUCCCAGGUCAGAACCACCACGCCCAAGGAGGAGCACCACCCCCUCCUCCUACGCAACCCCAAGGAUUUGGUCACGGAGCCCCGCAGGGUUACAAUUUCCAAUACUCGGCAUGUAAUGGACGCCGGAAGGCUCUGCUAAUUGGCAUCAACUACUUUGGUCAGCGCGGCCAGCUUCGCGGCUGCAUCAACGACGUCAAGAACAUGAGCGGAUACUUGAAUCAACACUUUGGAUACAAGCGCGAGGAUAUGGUGACUCUGACCGAUGAUCAGCAGAACCCAAUGAGCCAACCCACCAAGGCAAAUAUUUUGAGAGCGAUGCAUUGGUUGGUCAAAGAUGCCAGGCCGAAUGACUCGCUCUUCUUCCACUAUUCAGGUCACGGCGGCCAGACUGAAGAUUUGGAUGGCGACGAGGACGACGGAUACGACGAGGUCAUCUAUCCGGUGGAUUUCCGAACAAACGGGCACAUUGUGGAUGACGAAAUGCAUCUCAUCAUGGUACAAUCGCUACAGCCUGGCGUACGAUUGACCGCCAUUUUUGACUCGUGCCACUCUGGAUCUGCGCUCGAUCUACCAUACGUCUACUCUACGCAAGGUGUGCUCAAGGAGCCCAAUCUGGCAAAGGAGGCAGGUCAAGGUUUGCUGGGCAUCGUGUCGAGCUAUGCGCGCCAGGAUAUUGGAGGUAUGCUGUCGAGUGCGACCGGACUGUUCAAAAAGGUCACGCAAGGCGACUCUGUCUACAAGAAGAACUUGCAGACGAAGACGAGCCCCGCAGAUGUCAUCAUGUGGAGUGGUUCCAAGGAUACGCAAACCUCAGCGGAUGCCAGCAUUGCAGGCCAAGCCACGGGUGCUAUGUCCUACGCCUUUAUCACGUCCUUGAAAAAGAACCCCAACCAAAGCUACGUACAAUUGCUCAACAGCAUUCGCGACGAGCUGGAGGGCAAAUAUGAUCAGAAACCGCAAUUGAGCUGCAGUCAUCCCCUGAGUAUGUAUCUUCCCCACACCAUCAGCGAUACGAUUUACUCAUGCAAUUCACAGACGUGGACCUCCUUUACGUGAUGUAAAAUGAGGCAAUGGAUAUUCUGGUAGGCACGAAUGGCUGUGCCCCUGCUGUCUCACUUCCCCAGGAGAUAUACCAGGACAAAAACGGAAUGUUUGGGAGGGGGGAGGCCGGGUUGGGAAUCUGUGUAGUUAAGCAGGGCAGGAUAGGCUGCAAGGAUAGAUGUGGACAACAACACAGGUCAUCCGGGAAGAACAGAAAGGGGAGACUCGCUUGGAUGCGAUGCUCGAAGCCCUUCCUACUCUUUACUCUUGUACAUAAGCGCAGAUCUU